UCUCCCCGUCUCCAUUAAAGACUCUCCGAGGAAUAGAUAGAACUCGUGCGACAUCACACGCCGUAGGCUCCGAUCCGCCGACCACCCAAGAAAAGUUUGCCCAAAACCACCCGCAUCCCGAUCGAGAGAGUGAGAGGAGGGGAGAAGUUGAUCGUCCCCAUGAGGAAGGCAGGGCCUGGUGGUAACCCAAAGCUGAAGCUGUCCGUUCCCGGUCCCGAGGCUUCUAUCGGCAAGUUCUUGACACAGAGUGGUACGUUCCAGGAUGGGGAUCUUCUUGUCAACAAGGACGGGCUCCGGAUCCUGUCGCAGAGCGAGGAAGACCGGCCACCGCCCAUAAAACCAUUGGAUGACCAAUUGAGUUUGGCUGACUCAGUGGACGACCAAUUGAGUUUGGCUGACUUGGAUGCAGUUAAAGUAGUUGGAAAGGGUAAUGGUGGAAUCGUGCAACUGGUUCGACAUAAAUGGACCAGCCAAUUUUUUGCUGUCAAGGUUAUACAAAUGAACAUUCAAGAGAAUAUACGGAAACAGAUUGCCCAGGAACUUAGGAUAAACUUAUCAACCAGGUCCCCUUUUGUGGUCGUAUGCUAUCAGUGUUUUUAUGACAAUGGUGUGAUCUCUAUAGUCUUGGAGUAUAUGGAUGGGGGCUCACUUGCAGAUUUUCUGAAGAAUGUAAAAACAAUUCCAGAAGCAUAUCUUGCUGCAAUCUGUAAGCAGGUGCUACAUGGUUUGACGUAUCUUCACCAUGAGAAGCACAUAAUUCAUCGGGAUUUGAAACCAUCAAACAUUUUGAUCAAUCAUAGCGGGGAAGUCAAGAUAUCCGACUUUGGUGUGAGUGCAAUAAUCGCAAGCUCCUCGGGUCAGCGUGACACCUUUACUGGUACCUAUAACUAUAUGUCUCCAGAAAGAAUUACUGGACAGAAACAUGGUCACAAAGGUGAUAUUUGGAGCUUGGGUCUGAUUAUGCUGGAAUGUGCUACUGGUCAGUUUCCUUACCCACCUUGUGAUAGCUUCUAUGAGCUUCUUGAAGAAGUUGUUGAACAGCCACCACCUUUUGCACCUCCUGAUCAGUUCUCGGCGGAGUAUUCCUCUUUUAUUUCUGAAUGUUUACAAAAAAAUCCAAACGAGAGAAAUUCUGCUCAGGUGCUUUUGAAACAUCCCUUCUUGAGCAUGUACGAUGACCUGAACGUUGAUCUUGCCUCUUACUUCACCACUGCUGGGUUACCGCUGGCCACGUUGUAGAGAUCGAGAUGUAUGCUGCUGAGUUCAUUUUUCUGUGCCAUCAACGUUUUUUGGAUCACCUUGUGGAAUAAUUAUUCGAGUCAGCGAAUCAGGGGGGAGAGCAUGUCUCUGAUGCUCCAUUGUGUAACUCUGAUAUUGCAAUGACCGUAAGCUUUUGUCGUCGGUUGAUGUACCAAAAUACCUGCACCUUAUUGACAUAGUGAAAUGCAGUAGAAAUUGCAGCUCUCAUGUUGGUAA